UGUUGCGAGCUCAGGCCGGUCAAGCAAACAUUGAGUCGGGCGAUCAGCCUACACCCUCACCAGAGCAGCUCGCCGCUGUGGGGAAAUGACCAUGAAUUCGCGAUCUGUCCCUGCCUUGGUCCUUAUGUCUUUCUUCUUGACCACAGCAGUUUACUCAAGUAACGAAGAGGUACGGCAGUCGCCUCUUUCAGCCGAGUUUGUGGAAGGUCAGACCGCGACACUGAAUUGUACCUUUGAUCACCCCGGAGCCAAAUCUUACAAAUGGUUGAAAGAUGAUCUAAAAAUACACCAAGUCAUCACAAAGUACCACCAGAGAGUAACUGAAACCAGUGAAUAUUCUAACAAUGAGCUGUUUAUUUCUGUGCGGAUCAGCAACCUCUCAGUAUGCGAUUCUGGGACGUAUUAUUGCAUCGUGGAGCAACUCAACAGACAGUUUAAGGGCGCAGGAGCAAGUCUUAUCGUGAGGCGUGCUUCACAAGAACAACAAUGCUCCCCCAAUAUCAUACAUAUCGGGGCGGCCGCAGCAGUGCUGUCGGUGCUUGGCAUUGCACUCAUUGCAGUGUCUGUGAAGCUCAGGCAACGAAAUAAAGCUUGCAUUGCUCUUCAGAGGCAGUUUGUUGCAUACAUCACCGAAAAGUCAACAGAGUCUGCCCCAUCAAAUAAGAAAGGGAAGCACGCUCACCGAGAGGGAAAAACUUCGAGCUCUGGUCAAGAGGAGAAGAGAAAGAAAAGAAAACCCAAAGGGCACUACAAGAUGGAGAAUGCGGACUACAUCCAUGUUGAGCCAAACCAUGGCAGACAGACCUAACCUCAACAACAGAGGAAAUGUACAACUACUGCUCAAACAUACAUUAUUUAGGAUCCUCAGCCACGCCACAGUCUUUCCCGAAGGCUAGAGACGAUUUCCUUUUUUCUGUGUUGUUUUAAUAUUUUGCUUGAUUCCUGUCACGUCAAAAAUGAAUAGAUAAUCAUGCCAAGAUUACAGCCCUCCAAACCCUAUUAGUCGCCAUUUUAGAAUUCAUGAUUUGCACCGAGGGAUGAAGAUGUUGGACAGUGAAGUGGUUAUAAGUGGAAAUGAGUACGUUUGGGACACUAUGAAUAAUUGGCUGGGUACACGGACUCCCUGCUCCCCUGCCCCCUAACCUCCUCCUCCACACAUCACCCCGAGUUCACAUUUGUCUGCACUCCAGUCACUAUCACCCCCCAUUGCCUUCAGCGGAAAUCAGUCCUUCAGAACCGAUUCCAUCCACGGGCGUAUUCGGGUCAAGUUACCUGGGAUCUUGGCUGGUUGAGUCUCCACUGAUCCUUCAGUCCGCUGCUGUUUUCAGCGAGUCACCCACGCCCCGCUUCCUGCACUGCGGGUGGAGAGGCAAGGGGUAAGAGUCAGUCCUAUCCGACCUCUUUUAAGCCAGUUGAAAUUGAGCCAGCCCGGAGUUCCCAGCUAACAGAUCCAACCCCACCCCUCAACUCUCGUGGGAGAUCACUUGACCAAGUAUCAACUGGAGUCCUCCUUUCAUAAGUCAGGCCGGGAGUCAGCUGGGAUGACUGGGCGGGGGGGAAUGUCCUGGUCACCUCACCUCAUGUCAUGUCCAACUACCUCAGGCGUUCUGCCAAAUCAAUUGGGAGUUAACGAGUGGGAGUUUGUGUAAUAAAGUAUGUAUUGAUUGUUGAA